UCCGAUCAAUCUAAGGGAAAGUUCUCGGCCAAAAAUCUGUUUUCCGAAAAUGGCGAGACUGAACGGAAUUCUGAGGCAACAUCGGAGUACCGUCUCAGUUCUCCAAUGUCGAAGCCAGAAUCCAGGGCGCAUCUUCUUCGCCCACGGUGAGAAUCUCCGGCCUCACCUUUCGCAAGUUCCAGCUCUUCGAUCCUCCAGUCGCUCUUUCCUCGAUUUCUAUCAGCUUGGGAACAAGAAAGCUAUUGAGGAAGAACGUGCUAGACUUAAUGAUGAGAUGAACCGGGGAUACUUCGCAGACAUGAAAGAAUUUAAGGAUCAUGGCGGUAAGAUAGCAGCAGCAAAUAAGAUUCUGAUUCCUGCUGUGGCGGCCAUGAAAUUCCCAGCAUUAGCAGCGACUCUCUCAAAUGGGGAAAUUUUGAAGUUGCCUAUUAUGUCAAACAGCGAUGAAGUUAAAACCGAGGGCUCAGCCUCAGCUGUUCCUAAAGUGUCACUAGUGUGCCUGUCUUUUCGAGCAAACUCUCAGGAUAUGAUCAACUCCUGGAGUAAUCCGUUUCUUGAAUCUUUCAGCAACUCCAAAGAUGCUCGGUUAUAUGAGGUUUCAUUUGUAGACAAAUGGCUCUUGUGCUUGAGCCCUGUAAAAUAUCUGCUUCUCCGGGUCAUGCGAAAAUCAAACAGCAGCAGGGACACUGUCCUCCAGAGGCAGAUUGCUUAUUCAUUUGGGGACCAUUAUUACUUCAGAAAAUCGCUUAGAAUUCUGAACCUUCUCACCGGGUACAUUUUCUUACUUGACAAAUGCGGAAGAAUAAGAUGGCAAGGUUUUGGAAGAGCAACUCCCGAGGAAAUAUCUUCUCUUCUCUCUUGCACAUCACUUCUUCUGGAGGAUCAAUGAGAGGAUGCUGCAGAUUGCAGCUGACGCGGGAGAGGCCUUGAAUCCAACGAUUUCUGAAGGACGCUGACACUUUCACUCACUUUUUGCCUCUCUGUUCUCUCUAACAAUAAGAUCACGUUAUGCAGAGCUCUAUGUGCUUUGGUCUUUCACAAACCAACAUCCAUCCAGGUUUAUGAUAUUGAAAAAUGUUAAAUCAAUGAAAUGCUUCUCUCGUA